ACGAAUGCAUAGGUGUUGCUUGACAUAUAUAAACCUGCAUUUGUAACAUAUGAAAACUGUCGGAGCUUCAACAGUCCACUGUAAAAGUACGCCAGAGAAGCAGCACAGCCAGGCCUCAUCCCACACUGCCAAGAGAUGCAGAUGGUGCCAAUGCAGGCUCUUCUUCGGCAAAUCCCUCUCCACUAAGGCGCCCAUCACAGGGCUCGGUUACUGUGGCUACGAGGCCACCCAAGAGACGGCGUCUUGAGGCAGAAGCUCCAGCACCAGCAUCACCACCCCAACGGCGCAUCUCUGCAGUGUCGGCCAUGCCACCACUAGCUCUAUUGGCCAGCCCACAAAGUGAGGAGCCACAAUCCCCUCAGUUGUCUGAACCAGUCAUCAUGACCGUGGAUGACCAGCAGGAAACUGACCAGCAGGACACCUACACUCUAGACCUGCAAGCCAUAGAUACGACCCAGCCAACCACGCCGCAGGACAUACCUCAACCACCCCAAACAUCCCACAGCCCCCAAUUGAUCACAACACCACCCCAGACACAAAUGGAGACUGAGUUUUGGAACAGUUGGGCCACACAACAGGCGCAAAACUAUGCGUGCCUGAAGACCCACAGCCAAUACCUGGCAAGUCUGCCCCAUCAUCUGCCUAGACUGAGUCGCAACUCAGGCAGACUUAUCGUUCAGGUGGGCAGAAUUGCCAACUCAAUGGAGCAGAUGAGGGCAGACAACUACCAAAUGCAAUCCAAUUUCCAACGCAUUAUGGAUGAACAACAGCGGCAGCAACAAGCACUAAUUCAGCUCAUCCAAAACAACCAAAUUAUCAACGACAACCUGUCCCGAAUAAUAGCAAGCAACACUGUAUCUCAUACGCAACUGACUGCAAGCCUCAAUAUACUCAGUCAAAGCUUUAAUGUGUUAGCAUCACACCAAGUCAGCUCUAGCUCGGGGACAACUACAUCAAACCAGACCCCAGUUCAAUCCCCAGUUAGACGCUCAAGUAGAACCAGGACCAACGAGCCAGGCCAAUCCUCGGCACCCAGCACAAAAAAUAAUAAUAAUAAUCUGUCCCGCAGCGAAUAUUUUGUGAAUUAGAAUAUUAUGUUGAUUUCCUACCCAAAAAAUGCCUGUGUUGAAGGUAAUAA